CAAGACUCCGACAAUCUCCAGUAGAAUAUGAAUGAGAUAGAGAGCCGCACGGCUCGUGGCCGAGGACACUUGCCGUUCGUUCUAGGCCGCUCAAUUGGUUGCACCCCGAAGUAGCCAGAAGUAAGGGGAGUUCGGCUAAAUCAUACAAUACGCAGCCGGGUUUCUAUUACGGGAACUGACCCUGAAGAUCUGCAACGCACCCCAGAGCGCCGAGACGAUAAGCAAUUUUAGCAUCUAUAUUCCAUCCAUUUGGGUCUUUCGCUCGGGGAAUGCGUACGCGCGUUCGCGGCCCAAGUCUAUCGCAUACGGAGAUCCUGCCGAAAAGAUGAGAUCUACAGAGAAUGGAUCCGGGUAGUUAUAAGAAAUAUAAGACCAAGCUAUCACCCUGGGCACAUUGGAAAAUUAUAGGAAAGCUACACCUGAUCAAUUAACCAAUCUAUUUACCAUCGUUAACAUGUUCGGCACCAAAGCAGCUCUUUUCACCAUGCUGCUAGCCGCCACGGCUGUGUGGUCAGAAGUAUCACCGGAUGAGACAUGUGGCAUUGAUAAGGCCGGCAAUAAGAAAGGCUACACGUGUCCUGGAGAGAAGAAGUGUUGCUCGUCCAAUGGCUAUUGUGGCUCGACGGAUGAAUACUGCCUGAAGACUGUAGGGUGCCAGAGCAAAUACUCUAACGCGACAGCCGCUUGCGUCGAUCCCGUAGAUGGCAAGACAAUUUCGCCUGAUGGCACUUGUGGAUCCGAAGGGGCUGGUCAGUACGGCUACCGGUGCCCUACUGAGGGAGGAUCUUGCUGCUCUGUCGCGGGCUACUGCGGAAACACUACUGCUCACUGUCUCGCCGCAGAGGGUUGCCAAGCGACCUACGGAAAAUGCCAGUAAAUGAGAACCUACGAAUGACAACUGUAGGAUUUUCUUGUCUUGUCAUGGUAGUAUCAUAUGGAAUAAAAACCAAUGGGUACUUUGUGUCGAGGGAUGAUUUUUCAGAUUGCUUGAAAUUGAGAUGGAACGGUAACGUUGGAGAAUAGGAGAUAAUAAUAUCCAACCCGAUAACAGAAGUGAAUGAUUAGAUAUUAGAGGCUUCGAGAAUUAAAAAUCAAAAAUUUAGAGUAUUUGUAGAAGAGGUAGUACAAUAUGUG